CCACCGCUCUUCACCAAUCGCAAUGCAGAACGCGGCCACGUGACAGACACACCCCCUGCCUUCGCGCCGGGAUUCUUGGGUUUCACGCGGCGGCUGCACGCAACACGCGCGAGCAUUUAAGCCCGCACGCCGCGCAGAAAACAGCAAACAUUCACACAUCUUCAAUCACAGGCGGGAGAUGAAUUAUUCACGCUUCAUCAAUGCAGUUAGCGCUGCGAGACGCACGUCUCCAAUCCGGGCUCUGACUGACCUGCAGCUGAAGGCUCCACCGGGCCUCAUCUCCCUGGCUACGGGGAUGCCAAACCCCAACACGUUCCCAUUCCUCGGGGUGAGCGUGGAGACACGGCAACUGCACAGGGAGAAGCUACCCGGACCAUCCCGUCUGAAUUUCGACACCAACACCGUUGCGAGGAUGCUGCAGUACUCGCCCACGGAUGGCAUCCCUGAGCUGAUUGACUGGUUCAAGCAGCUGCAGACAAGGGUUCACAACCCCCCGACGCGCAAAUUUGAAUCCACAGACACCGAGAUGACCGUGUGCAUCACCACAGGCAGCCAGGAGGCGAUUAGCAAGGUGUUUGAGAUGCUCAUCACCCCAGGCGACUAUGUGCUCAUGGACACGCCAACAUACCCGGGCACCCUCAUCGCCGUGGAGCCACUCGGCGCGCGUGUGCUGAGCGUUGCGGGCGAUGCACAGGGGAUGAUCCCAGCAGAUCUACGUCGCGUGCUCUCGCCAUGGUCUCCAUCAGACGCCCGCGUCCCUGCCUCAGGCAUCCCCCGUGUGCUCUGCACAGUCCCCAAUGGUGGUAACCCCACUGGAGCUUCGCUGAGCACCGACAGGAAACGAGAAAUAUACCGCAUUGCACAGGAGUAUGACCUCCUCAUCAUCGAAGACGACCCUUACUUUUACCUGCAGUUUAAAAAGCCCUGGAGUGAAUCUUUCCUCUCUAUGGAUGUUGAUGGAAGGGUCAUCCGCACAGAUUCCUUCUCCAAGAUCAUCUCCUCUGGCUUGCGUCUGGGUUUCUUGACGGGACCCAAAAAGUUGGUGAACCGAGUCAUCCUGCACAUGCAGACAUCGACCAUGCACACGUCCACCUUCUCACAGAUCUUGGUGUAUAAGCUUCUGGAGCAAUGGGGCAUAGAUGGCUUUCUCGACCACGUUGACAGUGUGGUGGAAUUUUACCGCUCUCAGAAAGAUGCAAUGGUCUCCUCCGCCCAGAAAUGGCUCACGGGUUUGGCUGAGUGGGAUUCGCCCCAGGCAGGAAUGUUCCUAUGGAUAAAAUUACUGGGGGUGGAAAAUUCACGAGACCUCAUCAUGAAGAAAGCCCUGGCAAAAGAGGUGUUGUUCGUGCCUGGAGGUGAUUUCUACCCUGGCUUGGAUGCAGUUUCCUCACACUUGCGUGCAUCGUUCUCAAUCACCAGCCCAAAGCUCAUCGAUACGGGUCUUCAAAGACUGGCUGAGCUUGUUAGAGAUGAGGUAAAAAAAGCGUGAUUUACUGUGCACGAGCGUGGAUGCAUACGCACACGAAUAAAAACAUGCCUUAAUAUUCACACAAACACACAGGUACAACAAGAACCAGAAUUUCCCACUACGUGGCGGUGAUGUUACCAGAGCGCUUGUGCCAUGCUAUGUGCACUUUAAGGCCACGGAUCGUGUCGAAUGCUCACUGCCAGGUCAUGGGUUGACUGAGAUGACUGGCAGAUGCACCACCUGUGCCCCCGAUUGCCACCCGGCGCUCUGCUCGUUGUUGUGAGCGUCACUCCUGUGCCCUCUGCUGUUUUUGGAUGGCGACUACCUUCAACUCCCCAGUCGCGUCCUUCGCGAGCAUCCUCCACAGAGGCCAAUCUUGACACUGCUGGUACCAGUCAUUGGCAAGUCCACUCAGCUCCAUAUCCUCUCAUAUCACAUAAUUCCACAUCUUCUCUCGCCAAUGCCACGCCCAUUUAGUCCUCUAUCUGCCCGAACAAAAUCUGUCUCGGCAUGCAGUGGCUAGACAUGCAAGCUACAUGACUCAGCCAAUGCAGCCUUGCCUGCCGAAGGAGCUCACCAAUGGGACUGUGUCUAGGUCUUUCAAGAAUUUGUGAUCUCACACAAUCCAGCCUGGUUAAACCCAGGAUGGAUUGUAGGCAGGCCAGCCUGAAUGUUUCUAACCACCAAAGAUGUUUUAAUAGGGGGGGGUCAACAUUGCGCAAGCAUAGAGAAGUGUAAGGGCAUAACUGUGGCGGAGAAUACGACCCAAAGCUUCGUUUGGAGUGACAAACCAGGUAGCUUCCACAGAGCGUUAUGCAGCCAAUGAAAAUAUGCCGCUCAACUGAUUCGGAGUGAGACCUCUGCUGUAAAACCAUAGCCAGUCAUAAGCACACUGCCCAGGUAUGGGAACAGCUCCACUCUCUCCACAACUCUCCCCAUCACCAAUGGGGAGUUGAGAGGGUGGAGUGUGUUUGAUGACACAAAAUACCCAGGCAGAUGCUUAGUUUUUAAGGGGCUGAUGGUAAGGCCCCACCUCUUAGUAGCAUGCUCCAGGUUAAGCAGCACCGCCAACUUCUUCUCUGAGUGAGCAGCAAUCACCAGAUCAUCAGAAUACUUAACAUGGAUGCCAUCGCUUGACUGCACCCGGGCAUUGAUAAGUCUCCCAUUGUAUCUGAACCAGAUGGAAAUUCCUCCGGUAGAGCCAUAGAAGGCUUCUUGAACUACGUGGUUUAAAAAUGUCAAAUAAUGUAGGCACCAGAGGAUAUCCCUCUUGCAGCCCAAGGUAAACAGAGAAUGGCUCUGACUCCCUGUGAUGUAGCUUUACCUGGGCCUGUCCACCAUCAUAAAGGUCCUUAAUGAUUGUGAGUAGUCAGGAACUCUGAAAGCACGAACAACCCAGAGCCCAGGCCUAUUGUUGGUAUCAUAGCCC